UGGCAUAAAAGUUGUUAUUACAUCAUACAUAAAUAAUAACGCAUAAAAAAUAAUUAUUAGUCUUCUUAAUCAUUUUUUUAAAUUUACGAAUUGGUAGGUAGAAUUUACUAAAUAUCUUGUUGGAUUCAAUUGGAUUUCCGUUGGAAAGCAAAAAUACACUAUUUCAUCGAGUUUUUCGGAUCGGGAAAAUACAGUCUUUAAAAAGUCCUUUUUUCAGCUUUUUUUUUCUUUGUGGGCCACGAGAAAAAUAUAGAUAAACAUAGUCACUUUCAUCUGAAUCGGUCUCGAUCUCAGACUAUAAAUUGAUCGAAGUACAUUGAUCGAAGCUGGACUGCUCGGCGCGAACGUCCAUCCCUAUAAAUGCUGCGUGAAUGUCUCGAGCCUUUUAUUCUCGCCAAGACUGGGACUGGACGCACUGCUCUCUGUCAUCUAAAGAUGGAUGGACUUUCCCUCACUUUGGCUAUUGUUUGUCUGGCGCCCACCAGCGUCUCGAUUACAUGGCUGCGCAUGCGCGAAAAUGACGUCAUCACAGGAACGCAACAAACCACGCUGUUGGUGACGUCCUCCCGCAGCCGGAUCGCGUGCGCUCGCACGUGCAGCGUCCUCGACUGGUGCUCGGUGUUUGCAGCAGACGACAUGGCGAGAACAUGCGAGCUGCGAGAUCUUCCGAGAAUCUCGCUCAACUUUUCCUCCAAGUCGCCAUAUUCCAGCCGUUGGAGACUUCUCAACGAAUGGUGCCCAGUGAACAACGGAUUUUAUUUUUCUGCCUCCAUUCACUUCUGUUUCACCAUGGUUACAAACCUUAACGCCACCUGGACUGAGAGCAGAAAUGAAUGUAUUCGUCGCGGCCUGGACCUAGUUGUGCUCGACACGACUCUCAAACUGAAAAUCGUUCUUAACAUUAUUAAAAACACACCAGGAGGUACUAACUACACAUACUACCUUGGAGCAACUCGACCAAUGGCAGAUAUCGGAGCAGUCUGGAAGGGCGACAAGAAAACGUUUGAGUGGAUCAACGGUGCAAACCUUAGUCUAAGUAAUGACACGUGGGCAGUCAAUCAACCAAACAAUUACGGGGGCGUUCAGAACUGCUUAGUGUGGCACCAUUCGGCCAGGCGCCGAGAGUAGAGUAUAACGGAAAAAGACAUGAACAGAGCACAGCAAUCGCCAACUUCCUUGCCCGAGAGAAUGGUAAGUACCCGGGGUAGAUGAAGCUUCUGCGCUCGUUUGUCUGUCCACACUCCUGCUGACAAUCCCCACUCCUCAUGUCACAUUCUGUCCAUCCCUCCAUCAAAGACAGCCUCGUAGACAACGGGCUUUACUUCUGUUCUUCUAGACAGUGAAACUCUUUUCUUUCACUUGUUUGCUUUUCUGAUUGAAAAGCAGUAUUCAAACGCUUAGUAAAAACAUUUAUUAAAAACCAUUAAGAUUAUUAAUUAAUAUUAAUUACUUGUAGCACGAGCCCUAGCAGCCUUGUCAGCGACUGGACCACUUGCAUCAAGCUUAGUACAUGGAACAGUUUGAAGCCAGAAAAUAACUGGAGGAAUCGUCUAGACUAGAGUGUGGAGAGACAAGUGAUGACCACAACAGGGACGUUGUGUGAACGCUGCACGUGCCCUCACCUACAGACUUGUGUUACACAACGACACUUUGUCUACAUGACGAGUGGUCAGGAAACUACAAACGGACAAACAUCUUCACAGACACUAGCGUGACAGUCACGUGAUUAAUGGCUGGUAACCAUUCGUCCUCACUAAUGCGUAUAAGUUAUAUAGAAACCGGAUAUUAAGCGACAGCAACUAGAGAACACAAUCAGUUACUGUUCAACUUCAUCGACGUAGUCGCCUACACACAAUGUUUGAAGACUCGGCGACACAGCUAAGAAAAAUCCGUGUACAUCACAGUCCCUGUAUUUUUCUCGUCGUUUUAUUACGGGUACAAUUGUACUGAGCUGCCAGCUUUAAACAUACAGUUGUAUUUAGCUCUUUGCUUUUAAUACACAAGGUCCUUAGUUAAUUUUUGUUUAUUCCUUGUUACUCCUCAGGGAGAAUAGGACCACAACAACACCUCGCCAGCGGACCUGGUAUAGGGGAGCCACCUCAGUCAGCCCCAUGUGGUUCCCACGUCCCUUGCCUCGCUCUCUACUGUUCUUUUGCAAGUCUGCUUUGGUCUCCCAACUCUCCUCUUACCCUGAGGGUUCCAUUCAAGUGCCCGCCUGGCAAUGGUGUCAGCAGGUUUGUGCCACAUUUGCGCUUUUUGAUGUCUUGGCUAGAAGCAUUCUGGUUGGUUCUUUUCCACAGGCUGCUGUUGGAGAUCUUUUCAGGCCAUGGUAUUCCCAGAAUAUGGAGUAGGCAUCGGUUUGUAAAGGUCUGGAGCUUGUUGUUGAUGGUGUUUGUCGCUCUCCAGAUUUCAGAAGCAUACAGUAGGACAGUCUUCACAUUUGUGUUGAAGAUGCGGGUCUUGCUGCUGAAGGAUAAUGCUCGGGAGUUCCAGAUGUAGGCUGUUGAAAGCAUGCCUGGCCUU